AUGCCAAACAAUAAGAACCAGAGCCAGGAGACACGCAAGGCCAAGGCCCCUGACCUCAAGGUCCCGCAGCCGGGAGAAGAUGCCGCCGAGCGAAAACGCAUGCUCAACAUCCUCGCCCAGCGACGGUAUCGACAGCGACGAAAGCAACAUGUCCAGCGGCUCGAGGCGCGAGUCAACGCCGACCAUGACGGCGACGGCGACGGCGACGGUGGCGGCGCCAUCAAUCGACCGACCCCGCAGAACCCGAGCCCGAGCAUGAGCACGAGUACGAGUAUGAGCCCGAGCAUUCUGGCCAUCGCUGCAGACAGGCGAAGACAUCUGAAGUACAAUGCUGAGCCUGAGCCUAAGCCUACGCCGCCGGCCGGGCUUGAGUUCAGAGACUUGUUACCGUUCCAGGUACAAUCGGGCAAGGUGGCUCGAGAUUGGACGCCCAACGGAGACCAGGCCUCGGUCGCCCAGCAAGAAGAACAUGAUCACUGCGCGAUCUUCAACGAGAACAUGUUCGACUUCCCAAUAGACGAAGACGAGCAGUGUCUGUGGGACAACGACUUGUCCUGGUCUGGUCCAUCCCUUGCAAGCCCAAGCACGCCCUUGUCAGAGACGACACGGGUAUCUUCGAUUCAAGAUACAUCGACAUCGUCCCCUCUGGCAUGCGUCCCGGCGGGAGAGCGACUCACGACAGCGAACCCAGCAACAACGACCAAGAUGGCGUUCGUCACGCAGGACCAGGACCAGAACCAGAACCAGAACCAGAACAUGCAAUACUCGUUCGCCGACGACGCACUUUUGGAAAUGACGGAGCUGAAGCUGCUGCACGGCUGCAUGUCGAUUGCGCGGCGCAUGAACCUGCAGCAUCUCAUCUGGUCGCUGACGUCGCUGUCACCAUUCACCUUGACCUUCAGCUCCAGCUCCAGCUCCAGUUUCACCUCCACGGAGCCUGACACCGCUCAAUUCACUCACUUGCCACCCAAUCUCCAGCCGACUCUCGUGCAGCUGUCGACGCCGCACCACCCCAUCAUCGACCUGCUGCCGUGGCCAGCGGUGCGCGACCGCCUCAUCAUGGUGUUGUCGCAGCCCCCGGAAGCACGACCUGCCGGGGCGGCCUCGCCCACCGCGCUGCUGGAUUUGGUGUACGACUUGGAAGACAGUGCCGAGGGCGUGCGCAUCUUUGGCGACGACCCCUUUUCCGCCCAGAGCUGGGAAGUCGGCGAGACGGUGUUUCGCGCCUGGUGGUGGAUGUUCGACCGCGACGUCGUGCGUCGAAGUAAUGAACUGCGUGCCCUGAGGGGUGCUCCCAUGUUGGGCAGUGGGACUGGGACUGUUUUGGGCGAAGUGAGGUGA